AUGGCAUCUAGAGUAAAUACCAGUUUCACUUUAAUACCCAAUCAAAAAUGUAGACGUACUAAUCAUCAAUCCAGCUAUUUUUCCAACACCCUUGAUUCAGAUCAUCAACUCUUAUCUACGCUUGGAGAUUUUAAAGUCUUACCAUUGGAAAUUUUCCACAUAAUUUUAAGAUAUUUAUCAGUGAAGGAUAUCGGCAUGUUAAGUAUGGUGUCCAAAACAGUCAGCCAGCACAUUACUAAUUAUAUCUCAACCUCAUCUGGAAGUAGAAGACUUUUACUACAGAAUUUUCAUGACCUUCUGCCUGGCACAAAAGAGGACACUGCUAUACUGGAGCACUACCGAGCUCUAGGUUUACUAUUUAAAAGAUGCACUUUGCUGCUUCCCACCAAGGAAAGACUAAAGUACAUUCACAAGAUACUCUCAGAAGUUUCCUGUUUUAAAUUCAGUGGCUGUUCGACUCCCUUGCAAUGUUUGGGAUUACCAUGUUAUGGAGUGUUUUUACAGACCUUAACAGCAGGUUGGGAUGAAAUCGAAUGUCAUCGUGUUUAUAACUUCUUAUGUGAGUUGACUAAUCUCUCUCGUAAGAUGCAGACUGUUGUCUGUAACAAACCAGGAAGUUCUCGAAAACUAGAGUUAAGGAUUAGACUGUUCUGUAGGCAUGUCCUACUUGAUCACUGGACACAUCGAAAUGAUUCUGCAUUUUGGUUGACUCGCAUAUUAAAGCCAUGGCCUAUGGUGAAUCAGGCAAGAUUGUUAUAUAUUAUCUUUGGACCAACUACUUCUCAUGAUGGACAGCUGAUUUGGCAGGAAAUGAUAGAAGGACCUACAGAUGAAUCCAGCCUGAAAGGUUUGGCUGGGGCAAUUAAGUUACUGUAUGAUACAGGUACCAAAGAGUGGACAGCAGAUGAUGUUAUCAGUCUUCUAGAUGAACUAUCAGUGGUUCCCCGGGAGUGGCUUCUGGAGAAUAACGCACGCCUCCUAAUCCUGAGCGGGAACAACAUCUGCUUCACUUUCAUGGCUAGUAAAGCUGUAAAUGGACGGGCCAUUGAACUGGCAAGGCUCAUAGUCUUUUUGGCUUUGGUGUGCGAGAAAGAGCUGUACUGCAUGGACUGGACAGUUAGAAUGAUGGAGAAAGUCAGCAAGGUCUUUAACACCACAUCAGAGAGAAAGAGCUUCCUGCAGAACGUGGCAAAUGCCUUUGCCUGUGUCACGAUGGAAAUGCUGCAGCCUGUCAUGUCUGGAGAACGUGAUGACGAUGACAGAGGUUUCCUGAAUUUGUUCCAUCUUCUACAUGCUCAGGCAAAUUUCCAUAAGGAGUUGCUGUAUCUGACCAUGAAUGUUCUCUCUUCCUAA